UUUCCUUGGUGACCUCUGCGGAGAUCUUGUUUUUCAGUAAGUUGCAUUGUGCUGAUGGAAGGCAUGUGUCACAGAAAAAUAUCACAUUUUUGGCCCUCGCCAAGAAUUUGUACUCGUCGUUCGAGUAUCCAGCACACCCACCUUGCAGUGAUGGUUCUUGGGAGUUUUGCUUUGACAUUACAAUCAAGGAGUAGAUCAAAACAUGAUGUAGCUGCUACUUCAACACCUGACCUCAACUUCAUUUCGGGAGACGAGCUAGCCGGACGUCUUCAGGAUGGCUUCUGUAUCUCCUAUGAUUCAACCGAUGGUCCUACUUCCUUCCCUUCCGGCGGUGACAGUAGCGACUUCCACGGUAGGAGUAGCGCAACUGCUAUGGAGAUUGUUCCCAUGGGACAACUUUCGAAUCCCCCCUCCUUCCCUCCUGAUAGGAAACUGGUUCUCAUUGAUCUGCGCUCUAUGUUUCUGUUCCAGGAGAGUCACGUGCGGGAGAGUAUUAACCUCAUAAGUUGUCCUCUGAUUUCGAAACGCAUUCAGGAUGGGAAACUGCAGAUUAAGGAGUACUUGGAGGCUCGGCUACUGUUCGACGGCAGCCAAGACAUCGUCAUCUACGAGCAAGGACCCCCCUCUGGCAGUGGAUGACACAUGCCCUCAACCUCCUCUGCGGGCACUGGAAGCGGAGACACCCGUCAAGAAAGUGAGGAGGGGAAUGGGAUGAAUGCAGUCACUGAUUUCGCUAAACUAAUCUUCAAAAAUCUAAAAAAUGUGUCCAACAAGGAAGCGCAGCGCGCAUUGAGAUCUUGCAAGCCUUAAGUACUGUGGAUCUGUCAUAAGCCACAACGGUGACGUUCCUUCUUUAGACAAAAUUGACCACUGCUUCGGGGCAACACAUCCCGGAGUAUAUGACGCAG